AUGGCUGCUACCGGCUCCAUCGCAGUAGCAGUCCGUGUCAGACCACCAAACACCUGGGAAGCUGCUCGAUUACCAGACCCAUACUUCGAUGCAGGAAUUCGGACUGAUGGCGCUCUCUCUACUCCUGGAAGAUCUGCGAUAUCCACAUCGUGCCUAAGGGAGGUCGUAAAGGUCGUUGACGACCGCAUAUUGAUGUUCGAUCCGGAUGAGAAGGAUAGGGCGAAGGCAUUCGCUGAACGAGGUUUCGUACCUCCUGGGACAAAGCGAUACAAGGACAAGCGCUUCAUGUUUGACCGUGUCUUUGAUGCCGAUGCUAGACAAAUCGACGUUUACGAAGCCACGGCCAGACCGCUUUUAGAUCGUCUCCUGGAUGGCUACAACGCAACUGUGUUCGCAUAUGGUGCUACUGGUUGCGGCAAAACGCAUACUAUAAGUGGGACAGACACAGACCCUGGCUUAAUCUACUUAACAAUGUCUGACCUAUUUCACAAAAUCGAGGAAAGACGAAGCGAAAACAAUAUCGACAUUUACGUUACUUUCCUCGAGAUAUAUAAUGAAGAGAUUCGUGACCUACUUGCAGAGCCUGGAACACCUACUCCCCGUGGUGGUCUUCAAAUCCGAGAGGACAAGUCGGUUAAGGUUGUGGGCCUGGUCGAGCUUCAUCCAACAAGCGCAGACCAAAUAAAGGAGAUAGUACUUCUUGGUAAUAGCCGUAGGACACAAUCGCCGACAAAUGCCAAUGAAACUUCCUCUCGUUCGCACGCUGUGCUUCAGGUGCAUGUCUCAUCAUCGCCGAGAACUGCGUCGACUACAGAACAACGCACUAUGGCAACUCUAUCAAUCAUUGAUCUCGCCGGAAGUGAACGAGCAGCUGCUACGACGAAUAUGGGACAGCGAAUGGUGGAAGGUGCGAAUAUAAAUAAAUCACUGCUGGCUCUUGGAAAUUGUAUAAACGCAUUAUGCGAAAGUGGAGGUGCUACUCGACACAUCCCAUAUCGAAAUAGCAAGCUCACUCGACUACUGAAAUUCUCACUUGGCGGGAAUUGCAAGACUGUCAUGAUUGUAUGCAUCGCACCAGCGUCCAACCAUUUCGACGAUACGCACAAUACGCUCCUCUAUGCAGAUCGUGCUUCGAAAAUCAGGACGAAGGUUGUUACGAGAAAUGUGGUCAAUGUUGAUCGCCACGUCGGACAAUACGUCGAAGCAAUCAACAGACUUAAUCUGGAGGUCGCCGAGCUCAAAGCCAAGCUUGCUGGAAAGGUCAACGGCGAAGCAGAAAUCAGCAGGAGGAAGAAAGAACAAGCGAAGGCUGAAGUUGACCGUUCUAGAGAUGAUAUCGAACGGAAGGCAGAACAAACACGCCCAUCCAUUAUCGCGGGUAGUCGCUGCGAGGCUGUUCUAUCCGUAGCUCGCGCAAAGAUCGAGGCAUAUGCUCGUCGUCUGACACAGAUAAGGGCGCAGUUAGCUACAAGCUCGUCGACACCAGAUCUCGCUGCCGAACAGACCCUGUUAGAGUCUCUCAUUUCAUCGGAAGAAGCUCAAUUGCACCCAAGUUCUGAACCACAGGUGCAAUUGACGAGAUCACAAAAUGCGAACAGCAUGUUUGAAGCUAUGCUUCGUGCAGUGACGGAAAGACGCUCAGAUAGGCUUGACGAACUUAGUAUCGAGAACGUGCGCCUAGAUGCUCUGUAUCGAAAGACUCACAUGGAUUUCUUGAAAGCAGAGGCUCUGCGAGAUGCUCUGCAAGCGUCUGUGUCCGCUCAAUCCGAGUUGAUCACGAACCUUGUGAGCGUUGUAACGAGAUGCACCAUGAUGCUUGAGGAUGGGAGCAAGGCGUUACGGCAGGCUGCUCAAGAAACAGACAGGCUUGCUGGAAAGGCAGAAAACAUCUCGAGUUCACUCCAUCAUUUAGCUGAAGCCAACAAUACGACCUUUGGUGCUCUCUUUGGUCGAAAUAUUGACCCCUCACUCAGCGAUGGAUUGGCACUCCUAGCAACUGGUGGCAAAAUUUCUUAUAUUUCCCCUGUUUUGAACUCCGAGUCUGCAUCAUCGCAAACUCAAGGAAAACCUGCACGUCGUGUCUCCUCGGCCCAUUUAAGCAUUCCAGACAGUUCGUCUCGCCGCUUCCAUCGUUCUCCUCGGAAGUCACUCCGGUCAAGUCUUCUUUCUAGUGGCUUACAUGCAAGGAGACAUUCAUUGAGGCCACAAGAGAAGAAGAAGGCAGUACAAUGGAAAGACGAGGCUGGACAAGGGAGCUUAGUUGAUGGCGGGGAUGGGAGCAGCAAGGAUCCAUCUCUUAUAAUCGAUUCUCAUCCAAACUCCCAGACAUCCGAGUGCGACUGGGAGGACGAGAAAACGGAUGAUAGUUCCGGCUCGAGCUUUUCAGGCCUCCCUGCUCGUGAUGUGUCCUCUUCAAGGGCUGGACCACGACGACCUAGUCGGCUUGAUCCGUCGUUUUUGAAAGCGAGGAGCGCUUCAUCUUCUCUUGGUAGUGUGGUAGAGGAUGACGAAUCGAAAGCCUCUCAACCACUGUCCAGCAGUGGUCCAUUUACAAACCGAUUAGUCAACCUACCUAGCCCGCCAGACAGUUCAAUUGCGAGUAGUUCGAGCGUGACUGGACUAGAAACCGCGAAGCGAAAGCGCGAGGAGAGCCCUUCGACAGACGGACCAAAUGAAACAAAGACGUCUGACUCUGGAGCUAGGAGAGAUAUUGGAAAUGGACGGCGACGAUCAAGCAUCGGGCCACUGCGCAGCGAAAAGCGACGGCGCUCUGGUGGUCUUCUACCACCUCCAGACCGGGAGGUAGAGAAUAGUUCCGCAACGUCAACAAGGACUGGUCCGCGUCGGGUCCCUAUUGUGCAUACGCCUGCGAAGCGCGUGAAACGGAACUCACUGUUUCAUGGCAGAACACCACUGUCUGUUCGGUCAUCUCUUCAGUCGAGACCGAAGAUCAGCCUGCCACCUUCCGAUGCAAAUAACAGUGGUGAUAUCAGUCUCAAGGCAACUAGGCCUACUUGGCGUUGA